UACAUCUUAAUCACUUGUUGAAGUCGCGCCAUUACUUCAGUUUACAAAGCUCCUCUUCUUUGCGGAUUUCUGCGAGCAUGAUUUACUUUAUGCUUCUGUUGGUUGGUAUGGCCGCAGCGGGCGGAGUUGAUAAACGUUCGAGCCCAAGUAACACUUCAACCACUGAUUGUUUGCUCGAUGCAUUGUCAUGCAUCUCCAAGAACAUCGACCCUCAUCAGGAAAUCAAUGCAAAGAUAAGCAGCAUGGAAAAAGAGCUUGCGUCAAUCAAAAGCACUCUUGCUGCAGCAGGAACUCCAAGUAAUCUGGCAACCCUUGACGCUAGUGGACAUCUCGCAAAGAAGCAUCUCCCGUCGGGCUACGGCACAACCACGCCGUACGAUAUGAUGUGGCAGGCUCUGCAUAUGGCAGCCGCGGCGGCUUGCAGGGGAAGCACAGCGAGCGGAGGAACCGGGUGCUGUGCCAAUUAUGUCCGCGUCCGUAACACUGCAAGCAAACAGCGUUGUGAUCAGAUAUGCCAAGUGGAUUCUCUCGUGUGUGACGGAGAAGUAUCCAUUAACGGAUUCCCUGGAAAAGCCACAAACAACGGCCAGAACGUUGGGUACUUCUACAACUAUAACUGUGGCAGUGGAGGGUGGGGGGGAAGUGAAGCCGAUGAGACCAUUGAAGAUAUCAUCAAAUCACCUGAAUUAUACUACAGUUUUUGCUGCUGUCGAAAACCAUAGAAACGCACAGCAUCAGAUAUAAAAAGUGUGUAGCGUUAAGUUUUGAUUAGUUGAUUGCAGGCUCAUAACAUGCAUGUUGCGAAGAGUGGGUAACGAAACGUUUAAAGAAACAAUCGUGCGUUUUAGCUGAUUUAACUAUAAGGGGUUUUGUAGUUGCUUAUCAAGUAUGAAUAAAAACCUCAUGGCUAUUA